AUGCUAAACGUUGUUGCUUCAGCUGCAAGAAAGGGUCAAGUGCCUGAACUGAGCUUGCACAAGACAGCAUUUGUGAAGCAAGGUGUGAUGCCAAAGGGACAGAAACCUCGGCAGGCCGAAGAGAGAAAAUGGGAGGUGUUCGUGGACAAGCCAUUACCUGAAAGCAUCGUUGUGUCAGCACUCCGGCCCGACCUGAUGUUAGUAGAUGGGGGUCAGAGACGUAUGGUCCUUGGGGAGCUUACUGUGCCAUGGGAGGAGCGCAUUGCUGAGGCCCAUGAGCGGAAGCUGUUGGGCUAUGAAGAGCUGGUAGUUGAGAUUCAGGAGAAGGGUUACAUCUGUGAGCUGGUUGACUGUAAGGGUUUCACAGCAGCUUCUCUCAGAAGUUUUCUGAAGGUGGCUGGUGUAUCUGCUGCGAGGAAGACAUUCAAUGAAUUUGGGGAGAAAGCAGUUGAGGUUAGUGCUUGGAUUGCCAGGAGAUUUGUGAAUGCAUAUAAAGCAACAGAACCGUCAUGA